AUGCGCAGCCACGACGAAUUCGCCCUCGAUCUCGACGCCGCCGACGCGACCGACGACCGGUGCAAACGCACCAAAACGACGCACGCCGCAUCCCGCAUCUGCUACGACUGGAUGAUCGUCUCGGGGAACUGCCACUACGCGCGCGACCGCGCCUCAUUCACACACUACCGGGCGAUGCCGCACCGAACCCGCGUCAAGAACAACAUCUUCAAUCCGCAGGAGGAGCUCGAGGUAGCCGGGGUAGGGACGGUCGAGCUGCGCGUCUGCCGGACGGUGCGCGACGGGGGCGCCAGCUCGCAUGUUAUCGUGCUGGAGGACGUGCUGCAUAUCCCGGAGGCGGUGUGUAAUGGGUUCAAUCCGCUGCUGUACGGGAGUAGCAUGUCGUGUAACAUGGAAUAUUGGGAGGGGGCGGAUCGGCGAGGGGAGCCGGUGUGGUUUGCGGUGCCGUAUGCUGGGGGGACGAGGUUGGUGUUGGCCGGAGACCCCAGCGGGGAGUCGGAGUUGAUUCAGGGGAGGUAUUAUACGUUGAGUUUGUCCAUUACGCCGCAGGAGAGGAGGGAAAUCUUUGAGGCGAUGGCUUCACGGCAAUUGAAGGAUGCCUCAGCCUGUAUCGGACUGAGUCGUGUGUGGCGGCUGAUGUGCAUUAGUCUCGGUCUCAGACACAUCCAACUGGCCAACACGGGGAUAGUCCGUCAGGUCAAGGAAACGGAGGAAUCCCGGUCGAUAUUGGUGGAUAAUCUGCCCCUUCAGGAUGUCGAGCUGUCGAUCUUUACUCUGUCGCGGGCUAGCAGCAUGCCUGAAACAUGA